GGACCUUAGCUAGGCGGGGGGGGGGGGGGGGUGGCAGCAGGCAGAGAAAGAGGAGGGCGGACUUCUGCACAGCAAGAUUCCUGGGAUGCACCCCCCUCCUCCCAUCCAGACCCCCCACCACAAGACCUCCACCCCACACUCACCCAGGAGCGCAAACCCUCCUCACUUUCCCAAACGAUGCCUGGGAGCGGAGGGGGUGCGAGCAGGAAGUGAUCUGCAGAGGGAGAUCCUUUCAAGGGGGGGGCUUCAACCCCGCCCCCCCCAAAGUCGCAAGGGAAGGAACAGAAGGAGAGCCCCGCGCCAGAGAGCAGCGGCGCCCCUAUGCGCCCCCAGCUGCAAAGUCCUCUUGCAGGCGCGGCUUUUGGAAAGGGAUCCCGGGGGUGGGUGGGGGGCGAUGGGGAGGGAGGCCCUCUCGGUGUGGGUCCGCGGCGAGGAAGGGGUUAAAGCGAGCGAGGCUGGGUUCCUGGAGAGGCGUGCAAGGAGGAGGGGAGGGUGGCACCGGAGGAAGGGAGGGGGCGCGCAGAGCAUCAAACGAGCCUGGGAUCUCCUCACCCCCCCGCAAAAAAUAAAAAAAAUCCAAAAAAUAAUCAGGGCGCUAUUGCAGUAGGCAGCUGCUGACUCACCUUGCGGGCACGGAAGGGUUAACCCGAGCCCUGAGGUCAAGUUUCCCAAGUGGGCGGGGCUUAGCAGGCUCCCUCCCUCUUCUGCCUUGUAGGAAGAAGGAGGCAAAGAAGCAGAAGCAGGGAAUGAAAUCUCUCCGAAGGGAGAUCAUUCUCCUGCCAAGUUCCUUUCUAAGUCCUUUUUCCUUCUUCGCUCUUUUUUUUUUUUUUUACUGCCUUGUUCGCUGUAGCUCCUGGAACUCUUGUGAGUAGAAAUACAAUCUCCGCUGGUUUGUGGGAGUUUUAAUGGUCCAAGUUUUAAUGGUCUGCGUUGGGCUUAACUCUGCCAAGAGAGAGAGGGAAGAAUCACUUUUGGGACUUACCUCUCUCUCCAACACCCCCUGCUGUCUCUUCCUCCAAGGGGGGAGGAGGGGGGGUGCAAAUGCAACUGAGGUUGGGGAGAGAAAACCUAAGUGGGCUUCUUGGCUGCACAGCCACCUCCUCAAAGGUCACCGGGCCCUGAAAGACAAAGAAAUCAGGGUUGUCCUGGCGGAUUACGUAAGAGUAAUAAUUUUUGAAGAGAUAUUGAAAGGUUCUGUUGCAGGGCCUAGAACUUCCUUGUUGAAAUGCAAAGCCUUUGAAGUGAGCAAGUGGGAGUCAGCAAUAAUUCGGAGUAUCAGUUGCUGGAAAUUACAGGAGAGGAAAGGGCUCCUGUGCUCAGAUCCUGCUUUCAAGAUCCCCACAGGAAUCUUGUUGGCCACUGGCCUGAUCAUCAGACUCUUCUUGGCUUCUUAAUCCUGGCCCAGUAUACCAUUCUAGACACUGAGGUCUAAGGGCCUUCUGGUAGUUCCCUCACUGGAGAAGUGAGGUUGUAGGGAACCAGGCAGAGGGCCUUCUUGGUAGUGGUGCCCGCCUUGUGGAAUGCCCUCCCACCAGAUGCCAAGGAAAUGAACAACCAUCUGAUUUUUAGAAGGCAUCUGAAGGCAGCCCUGUUUAGGGAAGUUUUUCAGGAUUGAUGUUUUAUUGUGUUUUUAGUAUUCUGUUGGGAGCUGCCCAGAGUUGGGGAAAUCCAGCCAGAUGGGUGGGGUAUAAAUAGUAAAUUCUUCUUCUUCCUCCUCUUCUUCGUCUCCCAUGUCCAAGCCCAACACUCUAACCACUACACCACACUGCCUCCACUGCUCCCCCAUGUCUGCUUAUAAGUCUCUGCCGUCUUUUACAGGUCCCAGCCGGGGUCACCCUUCACUCCUAGCAAAGCAUCUUUCCCUUAGGCGUGUGCAAGAGGGGGGGCUUGCAAACUUUGCCGGACAUCGACACCCUCCCCUCCAACGCCAAUCAAAUUCCGGCAGCCUUUGGUUUGGGAACAAAAUUCUCCGCAGAGCAAGGAAAUCCUUGGAUUCCUUCAGGGAACUUUGGGAAAUGGAAAAGCCAGACUCAGCAGCUCCCUGGGGAGGAAAGGACCCCCACGUCACCCAGACUGGGAGCACUGGGGAAGUCUGGGAAAGGAACGUGCAGCAGAUCUUGGGCGAGGGCAAUGCCAGCUCUGACAUCCAGCGCCAACAUUUCCGGGCGUUUUGCUACCAGGAGGCCGAGGGCCCCCGCGAGGUCUGCAGCCGCCUCCACCACCUCUACCGCCAGUGGCUGAAGCCAGAAAAGCACACCAAGGCCCAGAUGCUGGACCUGGUGGUCUUGGAGCAGUUCCUGACUAUCCUCCCCCCGGAGAUGGAGAGCUGGGUCAGGGAGUGCGGAGCGGAGACCAGCUCCCAGGCGGUGGCCCUGGCAGAAGGCUUCCUCCUGAGCCAGGUGGAAGAGAAGAGGCAGGAAGAAAAGGAGCAGGUGAGAGCGCUUUCUUUAAAUCGUACCUACGGGACCGCCUCUCCUGGUAUGUCCCACAGAGGACCUUACGGUCUUCAAACAAAAACAUCUUGGAGGUCCCAGGCCACAGGGAGGUGAGGCUGGCCUCAACCAGAGCCAGGGCUUUUUCGGCCGUGGCCCCGAUAUGGUGGAACUCUCUGUCACAAGAGACUAGGGACAUCUUUCCGCCGGGCCUGCAAGACAGAGCUGUUCCACCAGGCCUUUGGCCAGGGCACAGCCCUGUAAUCUUCACAGAACUCUAGCCCAAUGGUUGAUUCUGAAUUGAUUUUAGAAUGAAUUGAUUUUUGAACGUAUCUCAAUUAAUUGAUUGUGAUUUUAUGUUAACUGUGUUACUUUUACAGUUUUAGCUGCUCUGAGCCCGGCUUCAGCUGGGGAGGGUGGGAUAUAAAUAAAUUUUAUUUUUAUUAUUAUUGUUGUUGUUGUUAUUAUUAUUAUUAUUAUUAUUAUGGUAGUUGGGAAGGAGCCAAAUAGCAGGGUGGAUAAAAAUCAAUGAUAAAAAAAUCGGAUUUUUUCAUUUAAAUCGGAUUUUCAAAUUUAAAUCCCUUUGGAGUAAAAAUAUUUCUAAAGAUAGUUUUCUAUUUAAGUUACAUUAUAGUCCAAAGGAAAUGAAGAUUUGUUUUAAGUUUUUCAUGCUAAAACUCAGUAUGGUUGUUUUUUUUAAUUGUUUAACCACAUCAGUUAACAAACAUGCCAUAAUGUUAUUGUUUUAGUUAAAUAGUUUAGUUAAAUAAAUGGUUUAAAUUGUUAUUAAGUGCAGCAGAAAAGUUGUCCAAAUAUAAACAGCUAACUUAUUGAACCUCACAAUAAUUUCAUAACCAUCUGUCCAUGUAUUUCUAAUAGUAUAACCAAAUCAGUAAUUUUUAAUGUAACUGUAAAAACUACUCUGAAAAUUUAUUAUUCCAAAUACGAAACCUUCAUCUGUUUGUAAAUAUUAAGAUUAUACCAGCAAGAAAGGGUCUUUCUGUAAAAAAAAAUUAAAAUUAAAUCAAGUCAUACAGACUAGUGAUUUAAAUCCAUUUUAUUUAAAUCAAAUCCACCCUGCCAAAGAGUCAUCAGGCAUAGGCAAACUCGGCCCUCCAGAUGUUUUUGGCCUACAACUCCCAUCAUCCCUAGCUAACAGGACCAGUGGUCAGGGAUGAUGGGAAUUGUAGUCCCAAAACAUCUGGAGGGCCAAGUUUGGGGAUGCCCAAUCUAGUCCAACCUCCUGGAAUUCCUCCCCCCCAUUGAAUUAAUUGUAAGAGCUAAACUGCCCAAGGGGAGGCUAGAAUGUGCAAAUGUUUGGUGUGUCCCACCCCCGUGAUGAAAUCAGGGCGCCUCUUCCUAAUCCCUUUCCCGGCGUGGGGAUCCCCAUUUUUAUUUCAGAUCCAGAGGCUGAAAAAUGGGGGCCUUCCAUUUUACGACACAGAGAAGGUCCGGCCGGCCAGCAGGAGGAGGCAGCUGUUCUGGAGAGCCAUUCCAGAGGGUAGUGGAACGGAUGCUUCUCCUUCGCUGGGUAAGGAGGAAUUGGGAGUGGGUUUUUGGUUUGAUCACGGUCUCGGGGGUGGGUGGUGGUUUUAUAUGCCCAAACCAUCUUGCCUCCAUGACUAACCGGGGAAUUCUGCUCCAGAUGAAGGCUGUAGGAUGGAUGGCGGUUGAGGAUGAAUCCUGACAAGACAGAAGUACUGUUUUUGGGGGACAAGGGGCGGGCUGGUGUGGAGGUCUCCCUGGUCCUGAAUGGGGUAACUGUGCCCCUGAAGCACCAGGUGUGCAGCCUGGGAGUCAUUCUGGACUCACAGCUGUCUAUGGAGGCGCAGGUCAAUUCUGUGUCCAGGGCAACUGUUUACCAGCUCCAGCUGGUACGCAGGCUGAGACCCUCCCUGCCCGCAGACUGUCUCGCCAGAGUGCAUGCUCUGGUUAUCUCUCACUUGGACUACUGCAAUGCGCUCUACGUGGGGCUACCUUUGAAGGUGACCCGGAAACUACAACUAAUCCAGAAUGAGGCAGCUUGACUGGUGACUGGGAGCGGCCACCGAGACAAUAUAAUACCGGUCUUGAAAGACCUACACUGGCUCCCGGUAAGCUUCCAAGCACAAUUCAAAGUGUUGGUGCUGAGCUUUAAAGCCCUAAAUGGCCCCGGCCCAGUAUACCCAAAGGGGCGUCUCCAUCCCCAUUGUUCUGCCCGGACACUGAGGUCCAGCGCCGAGGGUCUUCUGGCAGUUCCCUUCCUGCAGGAACCAGGCAGAGGGCCUUCUUGGUAGUGGCACCCGCCAUGUGGAAUGCCCUCCCACCAGAUGUCAAAGAGAAAAACAACUACCAGACUUUUAGAAGACAUCUGAAGGCAGCCCUGUUUAGGGAAGCUUUUAAUGUUUAAUAGGUUGUUGUAUUUUAAUAUUCUGUUGUAAGCUGCCCAGAGUGGCUGGGGAUGGGUGGGGUAUAAAUAAUAAAUAAUUGUUGUUGUUGUUGUUGUUGUUGUUGUUGUUGUUGUUGUUACUUCUGAACCGUCUUCAAAGGUAGCUCCACCUAAUUUAAUCUAACUGAUACAGCCAUGGCUGCAGCUUGAACAUUGAUAGCAAUGAACUGGAAAGGGGAAAAUGUUCCAACCAUAACGGACUGGCAAAAUAAAUUACAGGAAUAUGUAGAAAUGGUGCAACUGAUUAAUAGCUUGAGAGGCAACACAAGACAAGUAUUCGUACAAAAAUGGGAUAAAUAUAAGAAAUAUUUACGAAAUUGUAACAGUGGUAUGUCUAUGGCAGUAUUUGAUUGACCCUUUUAUAGUGAAACAUAUGAGAAAUAAGUCAAAAGGUACUAACUGUUGUAAGAAUGUAUUAGAAGGAAUAUAAAGAAUCAUGAUAGGUAUAUUCAUUAUAGAAUAAGGCUAUAUGCCGGGAAAUGAUAGGAAGUCAUUUUUUCUUUUUUUCUGGUUUUUUCUUUCUUUAAUUCAUGUUAAUAAAUAGAUAAGACAACAAAAGAUAGUAAAAAUAUGAAUCAGUUUAAUUGAUGUAAGUAACUAUAGGAGUGCUCUGAUGGUGUUUCCUGCUUGGCAGGGGGUUGGACUCGAUGGCCCUUGUGGUCUCUUCCAACUCUAUGAUUCUAUGAUUCUAAACAAAAUACUACUUGUAUAUGGUUUUUGCUUACACAGAUUAUAUAUAUGUUUACUCCAGAAGAUGUACAAUACAUAUGUAUAUGUUAUACGGGAUAUGCUAUAUGAAAUGUGUCAUAUGAUAUAAGAGAUUGUUAAUAAAGCAAAAAAAGGGGGGAUUAAAGCAAAAAAAUAUAACAUAAUCUAAGCUAGAGGUUACCAGAGCGAAGGCAACAGAAGUUAGGCCAGGCUUAAACUUGGCCCUCCGGAUGUUUUUGGCCUGCAACUCCCAUGAUUCCUAGCUAGCAGGACCAGUAGUCAGGGAUGAUGGGAAUUAUAAUCUCAAAACAUCUGGAGGGUCAAGUUUCAGGAAGCCUGAGUCAGGCUAUCCCUGUCCAGCCACCAGCCAAAACUGAUGGAUGGCACUUUGCACCAUCAAGGCCCCAAGGGACAGAACUGAAUCCAGAUGUAUCCCCAAUAGAGUGGGUAAAAAUCAAUGAUUUUUUUAAAAGGGGGGGGUAUUUCACAUUUUUUUGAUUUAAAUCAAAUUUAAAUUUUAAAUUUAGAUUUAAAUUUUAAAAUUUAAAUUGGAUUUUUAAAAAUAAAAUUCCUUUGGAGGAAAAAUAUUUCUAAAGAUAGUUUCCUAUUUAAGUUACAUUAUAGUCCAAAGGCUAUUCAUCAGGAAAUAAGGAUUUGUUUUAAGUUUUUCAUGUGUGCUAUAACUCAGUCUUAAGGUUUUUGGGGGGUAGGGUGGGGAAUGUAUAACCACAUCAGUUAACAAACAUGGAUACAUAUGCUAUAAUGUUAUUGUUUUAGUUAAAUUGUUUAAAAUGUUAUUAAGGAAAUGACUAUUUUUCUCCUUCCAAUAAAGUACAGCAGAAAAGCUGUCCAAAUAUAAAGAGUUAACUUAUUAAACCUCAUAAUUUCAUAAUUAUUGCUCUAUGUCUUUUUAAUAGUAUAACUAAAUCAGUAAUUUUUGAUAUAACUGUAAAAAAUACUCUGAAAAUGUAUUAUUCCAAAAAUGAAACAUUCAUCUGGUUGUAAAUACAGUGGUACCUCGGAUUAAGUACUUAAUUCGUUCCAGUGGUCUGUUCUUAACCUGAAACUGUUUUUAACCUGAAGCACCACUUUGGCUAAUGGGACCUCCUGCUGCUGCCACACCGCCAGAGCACGAUUUCUGGUCUCAUCCUGAAGCAAAGUCCUUAACCCGAGGUAAUAUUUCUGGGUUAGCGGACUCUGUAACCUAGAAUCAUAGAAUCAUAGAGUUGGAAGAGACCACAAGGGCCAUCGAGUCCAACCCCCUGCCAAGCAGGAAACACCAUCAGAGCACUCCUGACAUAUGGUUGUCAAGCCUCUGCUUAAAGACCUCCAAAGAAGGAGACUCCACCACACUCCUUGGCAGCAAAUUCCACUGUCGAACAGCUCUUACUGUCAGGAAGUUCUUCCUAAUGUUUAGGUGGAAGCUUCUUUCUUGUAGUUUGGAUCCAUUGCUCCGUGUCCGCUUCUCUGGAGCAGCAGAAAACAACCUUUCUCCCUCCUCUAUGUGACAUCCUUUUCUAUAUUUGAACAUGGCUAUCAUAUCACCCCUUAACCUCCUCUUCUCCAGGCAUAUGUAACCCGAGGUACCACUGCAUUAAGAUUAUACCAGCAAGAAUGAGUGCUUUAAAAAAAGAAAAGAAAAAAGAAUUACUUACUAGUGAUUUAAAUCGUGAUUUAAAUUGAUUUGAUUUAAAUCAAACCCACCCUGAUCCCCAAGCUGCUUACCUGCAAAGUAUACCCAGGCAGUUUGGGCUGUGAACCGGGGCAGGUGACAGGAGACAGCAGAAGAAUCCUUCCUGUUUCCUUUUUUCCUUUUGCUCAUAGGUAGCCGAACUCCUCUGCCAGAUCAUCCCAGCCUUUCCUUACUGUGUGACAAAGAAGAAAUGGUGUUCAUUCAGUUGCCUGGUCAGGUAGGAGAUGGAAAAAAAACUUGGGAUCUGGGAAGUGGUGUUAGCCAGGGCUUGAAAGGAUCUGCUCCUUGAUUCCCUUUCCAAGGAUCUCUGCUUCCUUCGUAGAAUCACAACAGAUGGAAAGGGACCUGUGUUAAGGAAAUGGUUUAUUCUGACCAUGUAAAAGAUCCCCCUUUUUUUCCGAGAUUGCAGCUGCAGGGAGUCCCAAGUUUUAUGGCUGGGCGACUUUUUGUUCUACAUUAUUUAUUGAAAAAUAAAGAAGUACAAAAGUACAAUUGCACAGAGUCAUAAGACACGGAGAAGAAGUGUACAUUACAAAAAAGUGUGGGGUGGGGGGAAUUGUUAGUGUAGUUAACCAGACCUUACUCUAAUAUGGUACUUAUAAAAAUGAAUCUUCAAUCCAAUUUUUAAAGGGAGCUCCAUUUUUAUUUUUCCAGUUCAUCAACACCAGCAGUGAGAGCGAGGAGAGUCCGUUCAUAUUGCCCCUUUGUUAGAUUCCAUGUGUUGGGUAUAUCAUUCAAAAUGACAUUUUCCUCUACAGUCAUGCUGAUUAUCUCUAUUACCUUCUGCCAAAAGUUUUUCAAGGUAGGACAUUGUAAAGGUAAAGGGACUCCUGACAGUUAAGUCCAGUUGCGAACAACUCUGGGAUUGGGCCCUCAUCUCGCUUUACUGGCCAAGGGAGCCGACGUUUGUCUGCAGACAGUUUUUCCGGGUCAUGUGGUCAGCAUGACUAAGCCGCUUCUGGCGAACCAGAGCAGUGCACGGAAAACUCUGUUUACUUUCCCAUCGGAGUGGUACCUAUUUAUCUACUUGCACUUGACGUGCUUUUGAACUGCUAGGUGGGCAGGAGUUGGGACCAAGCAACGGGAGCUCACCCCAUCAGGGGGAUUCGAACUGCUGACCUUCCGAUCGGCAAGCCCUAGCUCUGUGGUUUACACCACAGCGUUGCCCGCGUCCCUUAGGACAUUGUACAAACAUAUGUUUUAGGUAAGCUUAAUCCCUGUCACAUCUCCAGCAACUAGAUGUCUUAGAUAGUCCUUUCAUAAACGAGCAGACUGGAGUCCAGUAAGUUCUAAAUAUUACUAUUUGCAUGAGUCUUAAUUUGAGGUCCAGAGACAUCCUGGUUAUAGAAUUUACCGUGUAGCAAGGUGGCUUAGCAUGUGUGAGUCUCCCACAGUCAUCCACAUUUUUCUCAGUUCUGUGUUCAGAGAGAAGUGCUGUGUGUGUGAAAAUGUAAACAAGCCACUGAACAGGAAUGUUAUAGGAAAGAGAGGAGACAAGAAGAGCUUGCUGCGAGAGAUUUGCGGCCUAGGGCCCACGUACCUACGGGACCGCCUCUCCUGGUAUGCCCCGCGAAGGACCUUAAGGUCCACAAAUGACAACACUUUGGAGGUCCCAAGUCACAACGUGCUUAGAUUGAUCUCAACUAGGGCCAGGGCCUUUUCAGUAUGGCCCUGACUUGUUGGAACGCUCUGUCCCAAGAGACUAGAGCCCUGCGGGACUUGAUAUCUUUCUGCAGGGCCUGUUUGGACUCAGUCUGACCCUUAUGUUUCCCUCCCCUUGUGGUUUUGAUGAGGCUGCAUUUUAAAUUGCAUUUUAACCUGUAUUUUAAAUGGCUUUAUUUUAUUUUUUUUCCUAUUAUGUUUUUAUUGUAAUUUUAUUGGUGUUAGCCACCCUGAGCCCGGCUUUGGCCGGAGAGGGCGGGGUAUAAAUAAUAAUAAUUAUUAUCAUUAUUAUUAGUAGUAGUAAGAGUCACAGAGAGAGACUCAAGAGCAAGCUGUUGGGCUUUAAAAACUGUUUAGAAGCUUAGAGAUACCAUCUUGUUUUAUAUGUGAAAGAAGGCACCAGGGUGGCACUGUGGUCUAAACCACUGAGCCUCUCGGGCUUGCCGAUCGGAAGGUCGGCUGUUCGAAUCCCCAUGACGGGGUGAGCUCCCAUUGCUCCGUCCCAGCUCCUGCCAACCUAGCAGUUCGAAAGCAUGCCAGUGCAAGUAGAUAAAUAGGUACUGCUGUGGCAGGAAUCAUAGAAUCAUAGAAUCAUAGAGUUGGAAGAGACCACAAGGGCCAUCGAGUCCAACCCCCUGCCAAGCAGGAAACACCAUCAGAGCACUCCUGACAUAUGGUUGUCAAGCCUCUGCUUAAAGACCUCCAAAGAAGGAGACUCCACCACACUCCUUGGCAGCAAAUUCCACUGUCGAACAGCUCUUACUGUCAGGAAGUUCUUCCUAAUGUUUAGGUGGAAUCUUCUUUCUUGUAGUUUGGAUCCAUUGCUCCGUGUCCGCUUCUCUGGAGCAGCAGAAAACAACCUUUCUCCCUCCUCUAUGUGACAUCCUUUUCUAUAUUGGAACAUGGCUAUCAUAUCACCCCUUAACCUCCUCUUCUCCAGGCUAAACAUGCCCAGCUCCCUUAGCCGUUCCUCAUAAGGCAUCGUUUCCAGGCCUUUGACCAUUUUGGUUGCCCUCCUCUGGACACGUUCCAGUUUGUCAGUGUCCUUCUUGAACUGUGGUGCCCAGAACUGGACACAGUACUCCAGGUGAGGUCUGACCAGAGCAGAAUACAGUGGCACUAUUACUUCCCUUGAUCUAGAUGCUAUACUCCUAUUGAUGCAGCCCAGAAUUGCAUUGGCUUUUUUAGCUGCCGCGUCACACUGUUGGCUCAUGUCAAGUUUGUGGUCAACCAAGACUCCUAGAUCCUUUUCGCAUGUACUGCUCUCAAGCCAGGUGUCACCCAUCUUGUAUUUGUGCCUCUCAUUUUGUUCCGCCAGGCCAAACACAUAGAAGUUACAUGUGCUCUUGUUACAGUAGCUCUUGUUAGCUACUGUUGAUUUUCAUUUUCUGAAUAUGUUCUAAAUACAGACAGGCCCCUUCUCUUUGUUAGCCACCCCUCCCAAUUUGGUGUCAUCUGCAAAUUUGAUCAGGAUGCCCUUGAGUCCAUCAUCCAAGUCGUUGAUAAAGAUGUUGAAUAAGACCGGGCCCAAGACAGAACCCUGUGGCACCCCACUAGUCACUCUUCUAAGGUAAAUGGUGUUUCUACACACUCUGGCACUCAUCACGGUCCUCCCUGUGCCAGUAGUGUUUUAGUCCUGCUGGCCACAUGACCUGGAAAACUGUCUGUGGUGUGGACAAACGCCAGCUCCCUCGGCCUGAAAGUGAGAUGAGCGCUGCAACCCCAUAGUCGCCUUUGACUCGACUUAACCAUCCGGGGGUCCUUUACCUUUACCUAUACGUGAAAUAUGAACAUAUAUUACUACGUGUGCGGAGGCAACAUUCAGUGAAUACUUUUAAACCUCCAUAUUGGAGGUUGCCCCUCAGUCAUGGAAGCUUAAAUUGAGAUUCCUGGACUAGGGGACGCUUGGGGAGGUCCCAUUCAAGCCUACAAUUCUAUGGGGCUAUGUUUCUACGAUGUGCUCUUCUUGCUUCACUGGAGUCCUGACCGCAUAAACCCCAGCAACCCAACGGGUCAUCAAGUCAUGCAAUGCCAGAAUCACAGCUCUCUACGUCAGUUGCGAGGAGCAAAUAUUUUCUAACCCCCUUUUCUCUCCCCAGGGCUCACUGACCUUUGAGGAGGUGGCUGUGUUUUUCACGGAGGAGGAGUGGGCUCUGUUGGAUCCUGGCCAAAGAGCCCUGCAGUGGGAGGUCACGAUGGAGAAUUAUGGGAACUUGGUCUCUCUGGGUAAGGACCCCCUCUUCCCUUGUUAGGAGAAACUAUGCAGCGCAGAGAUGGUCAACAGUUGCCAGGCUAUCCCGGACCAGAAGCUCAUAGAACAGCGGUUCUCAACCUGUGGGUCUCCAGAUGUUGUCGGACUACAACUCCCAUCAUCCCUGAGCUCUGGCCUUGCUAGCUAGGGGUGAUGGGAGUUGUGGUUCAACAACAUCUGGGGACCCACAGGUUGAGAAAGGCUGUCAUAGAAAGUCUUCUGUAGCAUCCUUUGGUGUCUGCUUGCCCUCUUUGAUACCGGAAUUUGAGUUUCUUUUCGUUCUCUUCAUUUGGGCAAGACUUCAAUUUUUUGAAGGGAGCCUUCUUGCCUCUAAUAGUUUCCUUGACUGCUGACUAACCCUAUCAAGUGUCCUCUCGGGUUUCUGAGAGGGAUACCUCCAGUGUAGGAACCUCUUUUUAUAAUUUCUCCCAACAGCAGCAAGUGGGAGGUGGAGCAGGAAAGGGCUUUUGGUGUCGUCCUGAGAUUGUAGCAUAUGCAGAAGCUAACCUCACAUUCAGCAGGGCUUCGGGUAAAGGAAGGGGAGACGCUUGAAAACGAUAGAAUCGGAGAAGCAGAGCACUGGGCUCGAUCCAUAACAAGAAUCUGCUUCUGCCUUGCAUUUAAAACGCAUUUUCUUUUUCUCCCUCCCCCAAAACAGGUAAUAGGCAGAAUAAUGAGAAUAAUGGUGAGACAUCCAUGUUGACAUCAGAGAAUGAAGCAUGGAAAGAGAUGUUUGCCAAUCAAGAAGCACCCCAAAAGUCAAUGAAUGGGGAAGAGAAAUCCACUGCAACUCAGGACAUUGAUGUCCAUGUACCCCUGAAUUCGCAAGAUCACAAAGGAAGCAGCAGGAAGUCAUGUCCAGUACGUGGUGAACCAUAUAAGUAUCAAUCACAAUCUAGUAUAUGUUACAGCAUCCAGACAGAGGAGAAAGCAUAUAAAUGUUUAGAAUGUGGAAAGAGCUUCAGUCGUGGUGGGGAUCUAAAUGUGCACCAAAGAACUCACACAGGGGAGAAACCAUUUACAUGCAUGGAGUGUGGAAAGAGCUUCAGUCGACGUGACCAUCUUACUUUACAUCAGAGAACCCACACAGGGGAGAAACCGUUUAAAUGUAUGGUGUGUGAAAAGAGUUUCAAACAUGGUAAAAGCCUUACUGCACAUCAAAGAACACACACAUGGGAUAAAUCGUUUAUAUGCAUUGAGUGUGGGAAAAGCUUCCAUGAGAGUAGUGACCUUACUGAGCACCAGAGGACCCACACAGGAGUGAAACCUUACAAAUGUAUGGAGUGCGGAAAAAGCUUUAGCCAGAGUGGAGGCCUUGCUGCACAUCAAAGAACGCACACGUGGGCAAAACCGUUUAAAUGCAUGGAGUGUGGCAAGAGCUUCCAUAGGAACUGUGACCUUACUGUGCAUCAGAGAACCCACACAGGAGUGAAACCUCACAAGUGCAUGGAGUGUGGAAAGAGCUUUUGCCAGAGUGGAGGCCUCGCUGCACAUCAAAGAACCCACACAGGGGAAAAACCCUUUAAAUGUUUGGAGUGUGGAAAGAGCUUUAGUCGCAAUUACCACCUUACUUUACACAAAAGAACCCACACCAAGGAGAAACCGUAUCAAUGUACACGGUGUGGAGAAAGCUUUAGUGGGAGUGAUGGCCUGACUGUGCAUCUGGGAACCCAUGCUGUGGAUAAACCCUCUAAGGGAAUGUGAAAAAAAGCUGUAGUGGGAGCACUAAACUUACUUUAUUACAGUCCAAAGACCCUCAAAAUCAAUUUUGAAAACAAAAUAUAGCAGAGAUACAGGAAAAACAUUGCUGGGCAACCCUGUUUAGGGAAGCUUUUAAUGUUUGGUGCAUUACUGUAUUUUAAUAUUUUGUUGGAAGCCGCCCAGAGUGGUUGGGGAAGCCCAGCCAGAUGGGCGGGGUAUAAUUCAUUAUUAUUAUUAUUAUUAUUAUUAUUAUUAUUAUUAUUUAUUUAUCCAGAGCAUGUCAAUUUCUAAUUCUUAUUACCCCUGAGAGAAACUUUGCCACAGCCAGGAUUAUAUUAUUUAUCUUCCAAGGAGAUAUUUGAGAUAAAAGGUAUCAGACUUACCAGAUGAAUUCACCAAGAAAACUUUGAUGAAUUGGUUCCUGGCUUGUUUAUAAAGCCCACAGUGUAGUAAAAUUUGUUUCGUACAGUUGACAGCCUGAAGACAUAAACAAAGUCUAUUCUGCAGCGGUUUUCAACCAGUGUGCCCUGGCACCCUGGGGUGCCGUGAAGGAUGCUCAGGGGUGCCACAGGCAACACUGGCCUCCGUCUCUCUUUCCUUCGCUCCCUCCUUGGAUGCCCUCUUGCAUCUCUACCUCCCAAAGGCUUGCACAGCUGGUUGUGGCAGCAGCCCUGGCUACAAGCUCCCUAGGCGAAUGGUCCCUCUGGGGCUGGCCAGGGGGCGCUGGGUGCCAGGAACUAAGGUGGCCUUGCAGUAAGCAAGCAAGCGGGCAAGGGAGCCCUGUCAGCUGGUUCGCCAGCCCUUGCUGUUGGGAACAGACCGACAAGUCCCACACCCCUGUGGUACAUAAAUGUACCAACCAAGCACGUACAUAGAUCAGCACAGGAAGACCGACCUGAAACCAUUUUUGAUUCCCAAACUGUCUAAAUGUUUUCUCUGCAAGGGGGGGGGGGUCAGGGAGCCUUCCCAUUGUCUCAGGAAUUGAGUAAUCAGCAUUUUAAUGGGUGACAGACUAUCAGGAAAGGCAAUCAGAUAACCUGGCAGACAGGAAAAACACAUUCAGAUUUCUGCUGUAGACUGCCUUUUCUGUGAUGUAGGUACGGUAUGUGGGGGUGAUCUUGUGUUACACCCCUUCUGUGAUGUAUGUAUGAUGUAUGGAGGGGCGGUCUUGAGCUCCAGGGCAGGGAAUUUAAAAUGUAUAUAUAAGGGCAGGCACACCUUGAUUCUGGGGUCAUCCUCCUUUCCUGCGUGUGAAGGGGGCACCCUGUUGCAACAGAUCAAUAAAUAUCAGGUUUACUAGUUGCUUUGCUUCUCAA